UCAUGAUUCUUCAGUUGAAAGGCGUCUGCCAGUGGUUCGAAACUCAAGAGACGUUCUGGGGUGGACAAGGAUGAAGCUCGGGCUUGACUAUGAUUUGAGCCUGGAAAUCUAUAAGAACGACCUCCAGUUCUCAACACCUUCAGGCACAAAACAUCUCUGAUGAAGAAUAGUCCUGACUACAUCAAGUACACUACAGAUUCUAUUACCGUUCUCGUUGUCAGACAUGGACCCGGAACCGCUCAACAACCCAGUCAAUGGGCUGUCAUUUCACUCCUCCACCGCCGCCGCUGACUCUGCCGGCAUUGUCGAGGAAAGAUUCGAAGUACGAUUCCUCAGUCCGCAAGUGCCUCCUCACAAAGAGGAAUGGCGGAAAAUAGACAUCGAGCAAGUCAGACUUGCCGAGGAAGAUAUGAGAGACUACAAAGACUAUGUGGAUACUCUCUGCAACCGCCUCCCACGAUCCUUCGAACGUCUGAAGAAGUUCUUGGAAAGAGGUAAUUGUAGAUGCACCGACAAUUGCCAAUGCUUUUUCAGAGCUCCUCAGGAGGAUGUCGGGUCUUGCACGUGCAUAGCCACAGGAGGUAAUUGUGACUGCACCGAGACAGAAGACCCCAAAGAAAAAGAUCCGCAGACAAACUAUCCCAGGGUGAUAGGAAGCUGCUCCUGUCCCAGAAGGACUUAUCAUGCCAACAGAACCCCUGAUCAGCUGGAGAAUCCAUCGGUCGACGAAUGUGUGCGAAUAUAUUCCAUCAAUCCAAAGCAACAGGAGAACUGGGACGAGUUCCUGAAAGUGGUGGAGUAUCGGGCGAGUGAUCCGACUGAUUUCAAAAGGCUUCAGACUCGAUUACUUCUCCCACAGGACGAAUGCCGAAUCAUCACAGUAAGCCACCUCAGUCCGAAUGUAACAAAACUCCUCGGAGCAAAAUUCCAGAUUUCGGCGGACUUCUUCAACCGUCACCUUCCUGGAACAGAAGCCAUAUCCGGCAGACUCGUCUCUAGGCUCCCGUCGUCAGUCCAGAUCGAUUUCGACGAAAUCUACGAGAGUAGUCUUAGAGCGGGUGAACUGUGGCCGGAGGCGAAACUCGACACGCAGGAUGACUAUGCUAUCGAAGGGCAUAAUAGCAUCAGAGACAAUAUCGAAAAGCACUUUUUAUUCCCCGUGGGAUGGGAUCAUUUCCCCAUAUCGCGGCAAGACUUCAUCGCCAGCACGACUAAUGUUGGCCUCAAGUCCGGUUACGAAGUCCUACUGAAGGACCACAACGACAAGAUGAAGAAUGUCUUCCAAUUCAAUCUUUUACAUAGGAUCUCAAUCUAUUCAGAACCCGUGGGUCAUCCACGAACAGCGGUUAUCAUAUUUUAUCCGACUCUGCCAGUUCAUGCCCCAGGCCUUGCUAAAAAGGAAACGGAGAAAGAUCUGCCCCUCGAUGAGCAACCGUGCAAAUGUAGCCUCCACACAGGCGAGAAAACCAUUCGUUUUCGGUCUAUACCCAACGCGAUACCCACGCCGAAGAAACUUCAGGCGAUCUUAGAAGACAAAGAGCUCUCGAAGUGGGAGGAGCAACGACAAAAACAAGCUUUUGCCUCUGCAUAUGACACUGUGUUGAAAUUGCAGCUCAAGGAUUGGCUUCGAGAUAACGAAAAGAGGCAGAGUCCCAAGAAGAGCGCGCCGAAGGACCUGUUUGGGUCUAUUGUCGGCGGAAUAAGUACUUCUGAGCAGCCGAAACGCACAGAUGUCGAUAAAUUCAUUCGAAUCUUCGCCUCCCCGGUGUUCCGCCUCGUCUCUGCAAAUUGGGCGCGGCUUGUCGUGCGGCGAAGCUUUGAUCUCGACUUGUUGGAAUGGCGAUCCGCCAACUGUCUGAGAAGCACGACGGUGGAGGAGAUCAAAUCACGGCGUGUGGCAAUCACGCGUCACCAAAGAGACAUUGACGCGAGUAUCGACAUUCUGCAUUCCUUGGCCUGGGGAGAGAGACAUUCUAAUCUCGAAGAAACCCACCAAACGCUCCCGUCCAUCAAUCUCGGCCGCCCAAAUGGUUUCGUCGCCAAAAACGAGGAUCAGGACUCUUGGUGGAGCAUCUAUUGGGAUUUCUACGAACUGAAGCAGUCCAUGGACGCUCUUGAAAAACGGGCGACCAAGAUCUACGACAGCCUGGUGGGCGAGAUUCAAGUCGUCAACCUCGAGAACUCUGAGAGCUGCAGCCGGCGCGCGCAGACUCUCAACAGGGUUGCAUUCCUCUUCACCCUGUGUCUGCUUCCGUUUACCGCCGUGCCUGCAGUCUACCAAACAACCAGAGGCGUGGAUCCACCGGCGGACGGCGGCAGUUUUGCCAGAUGGAUCUGCUAUACCACGCUCAUCGUCUUUGCCGUAAUGGUCACUUUUGUCUUGGCCUUCGACCUCUGGGACAUGGACUACCUGCAUCAGCGUGGCUUCCUCAGGCCUUUCAAGUCGUGGGAGGACCAUGCAAAGGAAUAUGUCAUCGAAAGGGCCGCGUGGAAAGGAGUGAUCCAGAAUGUGAAUGACCAGCGGAGUUGGCACAACCGCAAGUGCGAUUUGUUCCCGCCAUUUGCGACGCUCAAGCAGUUCUUCCGUGAACCUCGACUACCGACCAGAGACCCAGUGGUCACUUUGCCAUGAAAGACGCACAAGUCACAGGCUUUUGACGUCGCUACAGGCUUGUCGUGGGAUUACAAUCGUCAGCACUGCAUAGCAGCAUGCUACCUAAAAAGUCGUCUUUCCUCGCGUUAAAUGAAGGGAUAUCAGUUGUUGAGAUAUGG